AUGGAUAAGACUCCAGAGUCGAAGGGCGUUAAGCGGCUCGGCGGCCCACUCAUGCCCUCUACGAGUGAGGACGACCACCAGCAAGAUGGUGGCAGUAGUAAGUUGCCACACACGUCAUGGUUUGAGCAAGUUGACUGACCUGGCACACAGGCCCAAAGCGCACGAAGCUCGACAAUCAGCCUGACACUCGGUCUGACAUUCAGUACGACACGCAGCCCGUCACUCAGCAUGAUACUCAGCCCGAGCCAAAUGUGGCGGAAGAGAUGAAUUGGGAUCAACAGCGCAAGUCUCAUGAUCAGUGGAAAAGCGACCUUUUUGUCCCUCAAGAUAAGCAGGCAUCGGAUGCGCAGGUCGGGAACAACGGUAUGUUGAUUGUGCGCUCCUGGUUUGGCAUUGCUAACAUGUGACAUAGGCGCCGAGGUGGAACCGACUCAAGUGACUGUCGAGAAGGCAGUGUCGCCGUCGCAGGAAGUGAUCACUUCGGAGCCAGAUUCUACCAUCGAAGAGAUUGAGAUGCCUGGUCACGUCUUCGAAGAGGCAAAAGCACCAACAGCCUCACCAGAAGCGGCCAUUGCCAGAUCAGACAUCACGAGCGACGACGAAAUCACCUCGCAGAACGAUUCCGACAGCCAAGAAUUGGGCGCAGAUCCCGAGCGCGCCACGAGGGAGACUUCGCACGAUUCUUCUCCUACAGCGUAUCGAUACGUCGACCCGGACUUGCUCCAGAAGCGACAACGUGAGCUUCUAUCCGCCUUGCCACAAGGCUUUCCACGCCUCGCAUGCUAUCUUCCGGAUUUCAAGGAAGCCGAAGGUCUUGUGGAAUUCGUCUGCGACAAAUUCAUUGCUGGAGCUCAGGAGAUCAAGAAGCAAGGAUACGUAAACGAAGAAAUCGACGUUGUCUGUGAUGACUUGGCGGCUUGCCGCUCGGCUGAAGACCAGUAUGGUAAAGUCGGUCCUGUGGCAUGUCUUGGAACCACCGGAAAAGGCAAGACGUCGACAAUAAGUUCCCUUCUGGAUGAUCCGGACGCAGGCUUUGCCUCUGGAGGCAGCAAGCGUGGUACUUACAUCUCCCAUGAGUAUUGCGCCGCUUCACCCGAUGAAGCUGCCGAUUUGGUGGUCGAGCUCUUCUAUCUUAGCAGCGACAGGAUCAAGACGCAGGUGAAGGAAUUCGUUGCCAAUAUUCUUCGAUACCUCCAACUACGCUCCGGCGAAGACGAAGACGGCAGCGACGAUGAGCUCGAUGAGGACGAAUCAGCUCUGAUUGACAUAAAGGGCAUAACAGCACUGGAAUGCCUUGCUGAUGUCUUGUGUGGAGAGCGGAGAUUUGCAAACACACAAUCAAUCGAGGAGUUCUGUCGCGAGAAGCUUAAGCAGAACGCUUCCUCCGACAAAAUCUUUAAGGAAUUUAUGCCGACUCUCAAGGCACUCAUGGCACCCCGAAAGCGCGAUCACGACGUCGAGACUCUUCGGGCGACAGAGUCCAAGGCACUUCACCAAAAGGUUAGGCAGCUGACGAGAGGAAGCAUGAACAGACGCGGCGUGGAUCGCGAGCCAUCGGCAUGGCCAUUUGUCACCAAAGUACAGGUCCGCCAGGUUAACAAAUACCUUGACGCGGGCCUCAUCCUUGCCGAUACCCCAGGUAGUGGCGACAACAAUUACCAUGUGGUCGAGAACACUCAGAGGUCCAUCCAGGAUGCUGGCACGAUCAUGAUCAUCACUCACCACCUUCGCUUCCACGACGACGAAGCGCUUCGGCAGCAUCUGAAGACCUGCAUACGACUUGGGAAGAUGAACAAUAUCAUACUCGUCCUAACCAAGAUCGAUGAGAUGUCCAACUACAACGAGGAAGAGCGACUAUCGCUCUCGCCGGAGGAGGCGGGCGAGCUGGAUGCAGCUGAGACCAGACUUGAGGUACUGCGGCUCAAGGUUGAGGAAACCCGGCAGAAGAAGCAGAAUGCGCGAGCAAAUAAGAUGCAGGAUGACUACAUGAGAUACGACGGCGACCUCCAAGACCUCGAAGCAGCAGAGAAGAAAGCAGAGGCGCAUCUCCGCCAGUCUCACAUCAUGCUGAGAUGCAAUGAGCUUCGACGACAGGCAACCGAAAUGCUACGAGCCGUGGACAAGUCUGCAUUCGCGCCAAAGCUCAAGGCAUUCCCCAUUUCGAACACACAAUACCAGCUACAUCUUUCGAACAAUGGAAAGAAAUGCCCUUUCCUCGACUUGGAAGCCACCGGAAUUCCUAGUCUACGCCGAGAACUCCUCACAAUUUCUGCUGGUGGCAAGUCCAGGACGCUGCAACACAUUUGCACUAGGAAGCUUCCGUGGCUCUUCGCUGGUAUUGAGCUCAUUCUUACGAAGACGCCAGUCGAGCGAAAGGACAAGCUUCGAAAUGUCGUCGCCCAAUUGAUUUGCGAGGAGUCUUCGAUCUUUAAGGACAUGAAGAGGGAGCUCAUGAACUCCUACGACAAAACCAUCAUCAAAGCCAUUUCCGACAACAUUCCUGGUUGGAGCGAAGCAUGUAGCGGCAUGCUGAACAUCGAGCUUUCCACGCUCCACGGAGGCACGCUCCUGGGAGUGUUGAGGCGAGAUGGCAAGUGGAAGCACAAGAAGCUCGGCAAAGUCUUCAAUCUGACCAAGAAUAUCCAUGAAAUCUUCUUGUUGGGGAAUAAGAACAAGAAGAUCGUCGUGGCCUUCGAGAAGUUUGGAGACUACUACUUAGGACUGGUUGUGAAGCAGUUCUACAUGCGUCUCAAGGACAAGCUCGACAAGCUCCGCAAGACACUUACGGAAGGCCAAUAUGGCAAGGGAAUGCGCAUGGGCCCAUUCUCACGGUACAUCAUGGGCACUUACGACGACAUAGAGCAUGCCAUGGAGAAGCAGUUCGCCAAGCUCGAGGCUAAGAUUACUUCAAUCCGUCACGCACUCACUCUCGAGCCCAUGAAUGAUGACUAUGACGAGAAGAACGGUGUGAAUGGCGAGAUGUACCAGCACAUUUUCGGCCGUGCUAUGGGGCAGAGCUACAAAGAGAGCCGGACCGCCGACGACCACGGCAAGCUGAAAGGCAAGGCGGCCAAGAGGGCCCGUCUUGCUGUGAUCGAGGCGAAUUUGACCACGCCGGACAAGGAGAAGAACCUCUUCCAUUGCGUUGGCAAUAUGGGCAGAGAGCGGCUUGAGAGCUUCUUCGAUGAGUGGGCUGAGACGUCUGCCGACAUCGUCAAUGGAGCCUUUGCGAAGAUCCAGCAGAACUUCGACACCCACUUUCGCGAUCAACAAACCAUCAAAUCGGAAGACCAGCCUGAGGCCGAGGAAAAGCUCAAGAGCAUGAUUGCCGAAGCCAACAGUGUCAUCGGCGGUCGCAUGAAGGAGCUUAUGGACACUUGCGCCAGCUUCGAACGGACCAAUUCGACGGCUUAA